ACUGUUGCCCAAGCAACAAUCUUUGAAUUGCACAAGCUUGUUAAUAAUCUAGUUUCAGAAGGACUAUUCCAUUACGAUCUUUUCAAAAGUAGUGAAGACGAAAGGCACGUAUCGUGAAUAAGGUUCACUAAUAAUUUCACUAUCCAUAGAGCUGAAGAUGGUGAGGCCUGUGGUAAUAAAUGGUGGUCAACUCAGGACAUUGGACGACCUGUACCGCUCUGGCUUUGGUCGCCCUCUACCCCGGCACGGUCUCAUGCUCCUCUUCUGGUUCGCGAACGAGUGCGUGAAUUUUGACGAUCACAACAACACGUGGGUGCGGUGCCAACCAGAGAAAGGAGACUUUGGGUUCCACCACUUUGGCAACUUUGAAGAGAUUCUCCCGGUUUUGGUGCGAGAUGGCAGGGAAAAGUACUUUGAGGUGGGCAACCUGAACACAGAGAACUAUCCUGAAGCCAAUGACCUACAACCUUAUGUGAGACGAUACUAUGAGCUGGCCCCGGGCAACUACCGUCAAAGCAACAAGGACCGCAUCAUUAUCAAGCUAAACCAGAGGAAGGUGAAAGCCACCUAUGUCACUGAGCAUAAAGAUGGCAAUCGAGGGGACUUUGACCCUGAACACACCCACUUGGUGAGUCCAGAUUUGAUCCGGGACAUCCAGGAGUUGGAGCUGAAGGAAUUCCUUGAACUCACAGGCUACAUGGGACCAACGCUGAGAAAUCGCCUCCUUAGAGCAUUAAAGGCAAUUUCUGACAUCCCCUCCCAACCUUCUGGACACUCUGGUUCAGAAAGGGACACUUGGGAUCUGGAGCUGGGCCAGUCAGGCUCCCAGAUGGAGGAAUUGCAGAGAAACAAAUGCACAAGAUCCUGCAAAAUCUGUGGAUUCUUGGUAGCUUUGUUAGUGGUUCUCCUAGUCAUCAUCUUCACUGUUUUGUCUUACUUAGGUAAGUUGUAGAGAUCAGGGUCAGUGUAGAUGUUCUUUUGCAGAUCCUUUGGGUUGGGGUCACAUCACUCAAUUCAGGCAAUACAGGGAUUAAGCUGCAAUUGAUUUUCUUUCUUUAUAGAAAAGGUAUGGGACUUUGCUAAAAUAAAAUGUAAUUGACCCCAACCCUGAAUAGAGCUGAUCAUGUUGACUCAAUAGCAUAUGUUACCAAACUGCGCGUGCUGUGUUGUUCUGAUUGUACUGUGACUGUAUAAAUGUAUGUUUUUGUUACAAAUUAUUAGUGUAUCUAGAUAUUAAGGGGCAAGAGGCCAUCUGUGUUUAGUAACUCACCUAGGGAGUGACGCUCUGCCAACCCCAGGAAUGUGCAAUGUUUACAUUGACCAUAUGGCUUGGGGGUAAAACAUGGGAGAGUGGCCUCUGGGCCAGAAAAAUUAAAUGCUUUGUUCUAGGCAGACACACCUAUGUUAUGUAUAUGCAAGAACAACCAUCUUAUUAUGAGAUUGAUGUAUGUAGCUUUCAAGAAGAAAACUAUGCUAAAAAAAAAUCCAAUAAAGAACUGAACGUAUCUCUCCCUUGACUCAACCAGGUACUCGGGUUAGUGUUGAGAAGAUCGCUCUGUGGGAGACAUUAGGAGACAUGUUCUGUUGUCUUUUUCACAUUGCUUCAUUUGAGUUACUUACCUGUGUUUUGGCUCUCUCUAGCGGUGAUUUGGGGUAUAUAGACUAUAUAGAAUACCAAUAUUAUAUGAAUGCUAAAUUAUCUAAAUGUUUUUAAAUAAGUUUGAUGCCAUCAUUUACCCAAUUAUAAUAUGUAUGGGUGCACAGCUAGCUACCAUUAUUGUUUUUUUUU